CGCCGAAGCAUCGUGACGCUGGCCGCUUGGGACAACCGAUGCAAGGGAAAGACAAAGAGCGAUUCUUCCCCACGCCACACCCGCCAGUACCACCACAACAACGAGUUCAAAGGGGCGCUCGAAUCCGAGACAGCACAUGAGAGGCCGACAAUUUACGCCUGCACCAUGGAUGACCUCUUCGCCGUGUUCGAGGAGCAGCCUCGCGCUCCCAAGCGCAAGGCCACAGCUGACGCCGAUGUCGACAUGGCGGACGGUGUCGGCGUCGGCGGCGGCGGCAGCGACCGGGGCAGCGACCGGGACAGCGGCAAGACCCAGCACGCUGCCACCAAGGUAAAAGUUGAAGAGACACAAGUCGCAGACGAAGAGUCAACAACAAAUGGCACAUCAUCGGAUGCCCAUGGGCGCGGCGACAACAAGCGGCGCAAGACAGAAGAGGAGGCCGAGCCCAUCAUUACGGACACGUUCGAGACGGCCGAAUCCCGAGAAGUCAAGGCGGCCGAGGGCUUCGCUCCCUCGACAGACCAGGCCUCGCUCGUGCUGUCGCACAAUAUCCAGCACCAGGUCGCGCUGCCGCCCGACCUCGACUACGAGUACAUCCCGCUCUCGGAGCACAAGCCGCCCGCAGAGCCGGCGAGGGUGUAUCCGUUCCGCCUAGACCCCUUCCAGGCCUUGUCGGUGGCCUCCAUCGAGCGCGACGAGAGCGUGCUGGUCUCGGCCCACACCAGCGCCGGCAAGACCGUCGUCGCCGAGUACGCCAUCGCCCAGUGCCUCAAGCGGAACCAGCGGGUCAUUUACACCAGCCCCAUCAAGGCGCUCAGCAACCAGAAGUACCGCGACUUCCAGGCCGACUUUGGCGACGUCGGCCUGAUGACGGGCGAUGUUACCAUCAACCCGACCGCCAGCUGCCUGGUCAUGACCACCGAGAUUCUGCGCUCCAUGCUAUACCGCGGCUCCGAGAUCAUGCGCGAGGUCGCCUGGGUCAUCUUUGACGAGAUCCACUACAUGCGCGACAAGACGCGCGGCGUCGUCUGGGAGGAGACCAUCAUCCUGCUUCCGGACAAGGUUAGAUACGUCUUCCUAUCGGCCACCAUCCCCAACGCCUUCCAGUUCGCCGAAUGGAUCGCCAAGAUCCACCGCCAGGCCUGCCACGUCGUCUACACCGACUUCCGGCCGACGCCGCUGCAGAACUACUUCUUUCCGGCCGGGAGCAACGGCAUUUAUCUCAUCGUCGACGAGAAGGGAAACUUCAAAGAGAACAACUUCAACGAGGCCAUGGCUAAAAUCGAGAGCAAGAAGGGCUCGGACCCGGCCGACUGGAGCGCCAAGCAGAAGGGACGCGGGAAAAACAAGAAGACCAACAAGGGCGGCGAGGCCCCCGCCGAGCAGUCCGACAUCGCCAAGGUCAUCAAGAUGAUCAUCAGGAAGAAGUUUCAUCCCGUCAUCGUCUUCAACUUCAGCAAGCACGAGUGCGAGCAGAUGGCGCUCAACACUUCCGUCAUGAAGUUCAAUGCGCCGGACGAGGAAGCCAUGGUCGUCCAGGUGUUCGAAAAUGCGAUCAAUCAGCUGUCCGAGGACGACAAGAAUCUGCCCCAGAUCAGCAACAUCCUGCCCCUGCUGCGCAAGGGCAUCGGCGUCCACCACUCGGGCCUACUACCCAUCCUCAAGGAGACCAUAGAGAUUCUGUUCCAGGAGGGUCUCAUCAAGGUGCUGUUUGCGACCGAGACCUUCUCCAUCGGCCUCAACAUGCCGGCGAGGACGGUCGUCUUCACCCAGGUCACCAAGUGGGACGGCGUCCAGCGGCGGCCGCUGACCUCGUCCGAGUACAUCCAGAUGGCCGGACGGGCCGGGCGCCGCGGUCUCGACGACCGCGGCAUCGUCAUCAUGAUGGUCGACGACAAGCUCGAGCCCGAUGUGGCCCGGAGCGUUGUCGUCGGCCACCAGGACCGGCUAAACUCGGCCUUCCACCUCGGCUACAACAUGAUCCUCAAUCUGCUGCGCAUCGAGGCCAUCUCGCCCGAGUUCAUGCUCGAGCGGUGCUUCUUCCAGUUCCAAAACGCCCACGGCGUGCCGCAGCUGGAGCGGGAGCUCGCCAGCCUGCAGCAGGAGCGCGACAGCAUGAUGAUACCCGACGAGAGCACCGUCAAGGAGUACCGCACCAUCCGCCAGCAACUGGACGGCUACCAGAAGGACAUGAUCAGCGUGAUGCAGCACCCGACCUACUGCCUCAAGUUCAUGAAGCCCGGCCGCGCCGUUCACAUCGUGGCGCCGGACGGGACCGACUUCGGCUGGGGUGUUGUUCUCGACUUUGUCGCGCGCAAGCGCCCCAAGUUUGGGCAGCCGGACUGGCCGCCGCAAGAAUCCUACUUCAUCGACGUCCUGCUCAGGGUCUCGUCCGGUAGCCCCGAGGUGAGCUCGCUGCUCAAGGGCGACACGGCCGUGCCCCCGGGCGUCGUGCCGGCCGAACGCGGCGACAAGGGCCGGUGGGAGGUAGUGCCGUGCCUGCUGAGCUGCAUGAAGGCGCUCAGCCAGAUCCGGCUGCACCUGCCCAAGAACGCGGCGUCGGCGGAGCAGCGGGAGAUGGUGGGCAAGAUGCUCCUGGAGGCGCAACGGCGGCUCCCCGACGGCGUCCCGGUGCUGGACCCGCUCGAGAACAUGGGCAUCAGGGACGAGUCGUUCAAGAAGCUGCUGCGCAAGAUCGAGGUGCUCGAGUCUCGCCUGAUCGCCAACCCGCUGCACAACUCGCCGCUGCUCGACGAGCUGUGGCCGCGGCUCGACGCCAAGCUCGCGCUCGGCGAGAAGAUCAAGGAGAAGAAGCGGGCCAUCGCCAAGGCGCACAGCGUGGCGCAGCUCGACGAGCUCAAGUCGCGCAAGCGCGUGCUGCGCCGCCUCGGCUUCAUCAACGAGGCCGAGGUGGUGCAGAUGAAGGCGCGCGUCGCCUGCGAGAUCUCGUCGACCGAGGGCCACGAACUGCUGCUGGCCGAGCUGCUCUUCAACCGCUUCUUCAACGAGAUGGCGCCGGAGCUGUGCGCCGCCGUGCUCAGCGUCUUCGUCUUCGACGAGAAGGUCGAGGCCACCGAGCUGCGGGAGGAGCUGGCCAAGCCGCUGCGCGAGAUCCAGGCGCAGGCCCGCGUCAUCGCCAAGGUCAGCGCCGAGAGCAAGCUCGAGGUCAACGAGGACGAGUACGUGCAGAGCCUCAAGUGGCAGCUCAUGGAGACGGUGCUGGCCUGGGCGAACGGGCGGCCGUUUUCCGAGGUGUGCAAAAUGGCCAACGUCUACGAGGGCUCGCUGAUCCGCGUGUUCCGCCGGCUCGAGGAGCUGCUGCGGCAGAUGGCCGAGGCCGGCAGGGUCAUGGGCAGCGAAGAGCUCAAGGAGAAGUUCGAGGCCAGCCUGUCCAGGAUACGGCGCGACAUUGUCUCGGUCAACAGUCUGUAUCUGUAGCGCGGCGAAAAAAAG